AUGUCAACACCCACCAACCAUCCAAUGGACGGUCCCAAUGCCGCCGACAUCACGACAACCCUCCACCACCAACCCUGCUCCCCACCAUCUUGCCAACUCCGCCACCCCAACAUCAAAGCCUACACCGCCAAAAUCCACCUCACGAACCUCAACCCCAACCCCCACCCCAUCGGCCACAUAGACCUCUACCUCUUCCACAAAUCCAAAAUGCCCACCCUCAGCCCGAACAGAAUGUGGGAAGAGUGCCACUCCUUCUCCCCCCACCACCCCGGAACCAAACUCGACAAAAUCGAAAACUACCUCGCCAACGAAUCUUUCUCCACGGAGGGGCACGAGAAGAUCGAGCGCGCGGAGGUGGUGCUGUUCAUCGAUCAGGUGUGGUUGGAGGCGAGGUGGAGGGGGAAGGGGAGGGGACUGGUGGCCGUAAGCGAGGCGGUGAAGGCGUUGCAGGUGCCGAGGAAGGGGGUUGUCAUGUUGCAGGCGGGGGAUGCGGGUGGGGGGAGGAUUGGCGAUGUGCAGGAUGCUGGGGAGAGGUUGACGAGGCAUUGGAGGCGGCUUGGGUUUGAGGCUUGGAGCGAGAGUGAUCCGUCGUGGUUGUUGGUGUCGUUGGAGGAUGUGUAUUGGGCGUGA